AUUUUGCACGUUUCUUGCACCAGUGCAGACAGUUGAGCUGAGGAGGGCAAGCCUAUGUUCCAAUUGUUAUCGAUUGAGCGCUUCGGACGUGAUGUGAGCAUCAUGGCGACCAGAGUGUGGGGGUCGAUCCUGCGUAAAAACGCAGGAUUUCUCAGCGCUAAUAGAUUAUUCUCGCCAAAUAGUGUGCCCGCAAUUGUCGACGUACAGCGUCGUGGUGCUAAGCAAUGGAAUCCAGACAGAAAAUUCUUGGAGCAAUUCAACAAACCGUUAAUCUACACAACGGAGAAGAUCGAUUGGACACCGCCCAAGGAUUUUUUGCUCAUGAAGCACAAGUUUCCUGAACAAACAAUACAAAACAUUAAGAUCAAUUUCGGCCCGCAGCACCCGGCUGCUCAUGGUGUACUGAGACUGAUCUUGGAGCUGGACGGUGAAAUAGUACUCAAUGCUGAUCCCCACAUAGGUCUCUUACACCGUGGUACUGAGAAACUGAUCGAAUAUAAGACAUACAUGCAGGCUUUGCCCUACUUUGAUCGUCUGGACUAUGUCUCUAUGAUGUGCAAUGAGCAAUGCUUCUCUUUGGCUAUCGAGAAGUUACUCAACAUUGAUGUGCCACUGCGGGGCAAGUACAUUCGAGUACUCUUUGCGGAAAUCACGAGGAUCUUGAAUCAUAUCAUGGGUAUUGGCACACACGCUUUGGACAUCGGUGCCAUGACACCCUUCUUCUGGCUCUUUGAGGAACGUGAGAAACUAAUGGAGUUUUACGAACGUGUGAGUGGGGCCCGCAUGCACGCAGCGUAUGUAAGGCCUGGCGGUGUCUCCUUGGAUAUGCCACUGGGUCUGAUGGAUGACAUUUACGACUGGGCUACUAAAUACACCGAGCGAUUAGAUGAGGUGGAGGAUAUGCUGACGGAAAAUAGAAUCUGGAAGCAACGCACGACUAACAUCGGCGUCGUAUCUGCGGAAGACGCGCUGAAUUUUGGAUUCAGUGGCGUGAUGGUACGUGGCUCUGGAAUAAAGUGGGAUUUGAGGAAAACCGCGCCUUAUGACGCUUACGAUCUGGUCGACUUUGAUGUACCGGUUGGCAUAAAUGGCGAUUGCUACGACAGGUAUCUCUGCCGUAUGGAAGAAAUGCGUCAGUCCCUGCGCAUUAUCCAUCAAUGUCUGAAUCAGAUGCCCGCAGGUGAAGUUCGGUGCGACGACGCCAAGAUAGUGCCGCCACGGCGGGAAGAGAUGAAGACCAGCAUGGAGGCGCUGAUCCACCACUUCAAGUUGUACUCGCAGGGCUUCCAGGUACCGCCGGGUGCCACGUACACCGCCAUCGAGGCGCCGAAGGGCGAGUUUGGCGUUUACCUCGUGAGCGACGGUAGCAGCAAGCCGUACAGGUGCAAAAUCAAGGCGCCGGGCUUCGCGCAUCUCGCGGCCCUGCAGUACAUGGGAACCAAGCACUUCCUCGCCGAUGUGGUCGCCAUCAUCGGCACCUUGGACAUCGUGUUCGGCGAGAUCGACAGAUAAAAGAGAUUUGCUCCUAAGAAAAUCAAUCUUCAACCUCUGUAUAGUAUAUAAACUUAUUUCUAUCAAGGUAAAUAUGAUUACUAGAUGUUAUCGCUCGAGAUCCUCCUGGAUUCAUACAUAGUCGUAUGUCCAGAUAAAAAGAUUUCUAUAUGUAUGUAUUGCAUACUUGUAAAUAAAAUGCGUACGCGAGCUCAACGACGCGCAUUCGCAGAUAUUGUAUCUUCGUCGCAAUAAAAAGAAAUGUGACGGACA